AUGGCACAAGAGAAAAGAAUUGUGCAUUAUAGCAGCUCUCAGAAGAUACUCUUGGUGGGUGAGGGAGACUUUUCCUUUGCUGCUUGUUUAGCCACAGCAUUUGGCUCUGCUGCCAACAUAGUUGCUACCUCACUCAACUCCAGAGAGGAAUUAAGGGUUAAUUACCCAAAUGCUAUGAGCCACUUGAAGGAAUUAGAGGAAAAGGGAUGCACAAUCUUGCAUGGAGUUGAUGUGCAUACUAUGAGCCAACACCCCCAACUUAUUUACAGGAGGUUUGAUUGUAUAAUCUAUAAUUUUCCUCAUGCGGGUUACUUGAGAGGUUCUUUUUCAUCGGAAAGCGAUAAAUCCCAAAUUCUUGCACGUAAGAACUUGGUCAAGGGAUACUUCAUAAGUGCACGUCAAAUGCUGUGUAUCCGUGGACAAAUUCAUGUGACACACGAGACAAAAUUUCCUUUUACAGAGUGGGAAAUAGUGAAUUUGGCAAAGGAGGCUGGGUUAUAUCUGGUUGAAGAAGAAACAUUCUACCCAUGGCAAUAUCCAGGUUAUGUAAAUAAAAGAGGAUCUGGGAACUGCGAUGAAAGCUUUAGAGUUGGAAUGUCUAGCACCUUCAAAUUUGCUAAGUACUAG